AUGGCAGGAUUGAGCAAGAAGCUUGUGGUUGUGGGGCUGGUUUUGGCUCUGGCCAUUAUAAUGGGGUCAGAUCCCAUAAUGGUGAGUGGUGAUGACGGCGUCUUGUGUGGGGUGAGUGCACAAGGGCUGAUGGACUGCCGGCCGUCGGUGAGCGGCGAUGAGCCUCAGGUGCCGCCGACUUCCGACUGCUGCUCUGCCCUCUCCGGCGCGGACCUUAAAUGCCUCUGCCGUCUCAAAAACCAAAGGACUCUCCUCAGAUUCUAUAACAUUGAUCCUAAACAAGCCAUGGCUCUCCCUGCUCUGUGCAAGAUUGUGGACCAUGCUUGGCAUUGCUGA